GGCGCGAACCCCGUUUUGCGUCCUGUAUUGAUUCGUUGGUACUCGCGCUUCCCUUGCGGCGUCUUCCUUUCUGUUGUGAACGGUGUCCUCGUAUUUCUUCACGUGACGGUUUGAUAUUUUUUCGUGAAUUGCUGAAGAUCUGCAGGUUCAAGUACCGUUAACAAGAUGGGUUCGGAAGGUUACACGCGAGUGUACGUCGGCGGUCUGAAUGAGGGCAUCAAGAAGGAAGACUUACAGGUGGAGUUUGAGAAGUUUGGAAAACUGAACAAAGUCUGGGUGGCCUUCAACCCGCCAGGUUUUGCCUUUAUCGAAUUCCUAAACGAAGACGAGGCGGAAGUAGCCUGCGACAAUAUGAACGGGACAGAGAUAAUGGGGGCAAAGCUCAGAGUCGAAAUAUCACGGGGUCGAGGCCGUGGGGGUAGUAGAGGAGGAGGCGGCGGCGGUUUCAGAGGGAGUCGAGGGGGCAGUGGAGGUAGUAGGGGGUUCGGAUCUAGGGGUGGAAACGGAGGGGGCUACAGAGGGGGUGGCAGCAGCUACGGAGAUCGUGGCGGCGGAGGAUAUCGCGGAAGCAGAGGCAGUGGGGGUGGUGGUAGGGGCAGAGGCCGUUUUGGCGACGACUACAGCUCUAGUCGCAGCAGUGGCGGGGGCGGCUAUGGAAGUCGAGACAGCUACAGCCGCGACAGCUACGGCAGUAGUGGUGGUGGUGGUGGGGGUGGUGGUAGUGGCAGUGACUACUACAGCGGCAGGGACAACGGAUCGUCGAGGUAUCGCAGUCGAUCUCCGGCUGGGCGUGGCAGAGAAGCAUCACUUGAUGCUAGCGAGUAACAUAGACCUGCGAUCAGUGUUUUGGAAGAGAGCUCUAAUUAGCUGCUUCACCUGGGCAGCCGUGAACUCGUGAGCCAACAGCCCCUUACCAUCAGCCCAUCUGUUGUCGAUCUCUUUCAGGGAAGCGCCAAGCACAAUCACUAGUUCCGAUAACUUCUGCCAUCGUUUUACGUGAAGACGAAUUGUAUUGGGCUCCUAAAAAACAGAAAUUAUUACCUCACUCAAAUACUUUACUGUUAAUUAUAUUCCACUGCAUAUAAUAUCUUGAUAUUUCCAAUGAUGACAAUCACUUUUUUUCGCAAUGAAUACAAAAAUUGGGAACUAUUGAAUUGAAGUGAAUUCACAACAAUUCUUUCAUCAGUGGUUAAUUAUUUUUCGAUUUGUAAAUUUUGAAUAUAUUUUUCAAUAACCUGAAUAUAUUAACUACAUCUAGUUCAUCAAUUAUCUAAGUUUAUCGGUUGAAAUUUUUGAUGAUUAAAGACCGUAUUCAUCAGAAAUUGGAGAAUAUAUAUCGAUAAAAUUUACUAUCAAAAUUUAUUCGUUUUCUUAAAUUCAUAUAAACACAUUUUUCGUUGUUUCAAUUCAGUAAUAUACAGACUGAUAAUGUUAUAAAAAUAAAUAUUUCAAUGCAAAGCAAAAAAGAAAAAAAAAAAAAAUUUGUCACGGUACUGUUGAACAGUGAAAAGUGUACGAUAAUUUAAAAAAAAAAAAAAAAAAAAACAAUAGAU